UUUUAUUUUUUUCUUUUAUUAUUUAUCAUAUACAGCAUAGAAUGGAUCAACUUACAGAAGCUAGCAAAAAGUUUGUUACGGGAUACAAGAACGAUACACCUGCUUCUUUAAAGUUGAUUGAUGUGUACCUUGUGUAUAUUCUGAUUACUGGCAUUAUUCAAUUUGUGUACAUGGCUCUAGUCGGUACUUUCCCUUACAACGCUUUCUUGGGUGGUUUCAUCUCUACCGUGGGCAGCUUUGUUCUUGCUUCUAAUUUACGUAUUCAAACCAACACAGAAAACAAGGACGAAUUCAAAACGAUAUCCCCUGAAAGAGCUUUUGCUGAUUUUGCCGUAUGUAAUCUCAUUCUUCAUCUCUUUUGCAUCAACUUUUUGGGUUAAAAACAACAACAAAAAAGAUGCACGACAACCCUCCUUUUCUUUAAAUUAGGAUAUUUCGUUUAAUAAAUAUGGAAAAGCAUGAUGAGAUUUAUAGCAUA